CUAUAUAAACCUCCUUUGUCUUUCCUCUUCGCCUAGCCCUCCAAGAGCUCACACAAGUCUUCUUUGCCUUUUCUUUCUGUUUAAUCAUGCUUCUUUGAUCUCUCUUCAUUAUUCUCUUUGUCGCACAUGCUUGUCUUUGCUUCUUCUUCUUCAUUCAUAGCUCAACUUUGUUGCUGAGUCUGACUCUUGAGACUACCCAGAUAUUAAAAUAGCUUUUUGUUUGGGGAUUGAAGAUGGAGAAACAAAGCUUUGUUGUGAAUGGUGGAAUCAAGUUGCCUAUUGGGUACAGGUUUUGUCCCACAGAUGAAGAGCUCGUUGUUCAUUACUUGAAGCGAAAGGUGUUUGGGAUGCCAUUGCCGGCUUCAGUUAUCCCCGAGCUUGAUGUUUUCCAGGCUGAUCCUUGGAGCUUGCCAGGUGAUGUGAAGGAGAAGAGGUAUUUCUUUAGCAAUAACAGAAGUAGAAAUGCCAAUGAGAGCAAAUGCAAAAUAGCUGAUGGUUCUGGUUACUGGAAAUCCAUUGGCAAAGACAAGCAAAUUAUGGGUUCUGGUAGUUAUAAACAAGCUGUUGGGUUGAGGAAAACUUUAGUUUUCCGCCAAGGCAAGUCUGCUAAUGAUCAUCAGACUAAAACUCGAUGGUUGAUGCAUGAAUAUCGCCUUUUAUGCCCUACAACAAACCUCAAUUCAACCCAGCUGAUAAGUGAUUGGAUUGUGUACCGCAUAUUUCAAAGGAAGAGAAAACCUAAGAAGCAUGAAAGCGUUUCUAAUCUCCCUAGCAGCCGCAACAAAAAUCAGACUAUUGGGAUAACUAGACCAAAUUGUAUUAAUUUUACUAUUGCAGAUCAAUCUGAUUUCUUAGGUCCUCCUAAACCAUGUUCAUCAAGUUCAAGUGACGUCACAGCUGAGAUAUGUUUAGAUCAAGAAGAAACCAGUGGUUACACGAGUUUCUCUUCUUAUUCUUGUGUCAGAAAGAGCUGAAAUUAACCAGAUUUAAUUUGAUAGAUCGACUUGUAUCAGGAUUUUCUGUAUUUUGUGCAACAAAUGAGAUGAAUGGGCAAAAAGAAUAGAGAAAAAGAAAAGGCAUGCAAAUAACUGUUUUAAGAAA